AUGUGUUUAUAAAUUGAAUACAAUCAGUAAAUUUUUAUAAAAUUAUCUUAGCUAGAUAUUUAAGAUCGAUAUUUAUUCAUAUAAUUUGAUAAUUGAUAGGAUUUGUUAAACUAUGUAAAAGAAUGUAUAACAAACAAACAAGAUAUUAUUGAUGCUCCUCAUUGAAACUCAUGUUAAUUCAUUUAUGCAAAAAUUGUCUCAAUAAUUUUAAGAAAAAAAAUGUAAAAUUAAUUCUUUUUAUCAUUAAGAUUUGAGAGUUAAGGAAUGUUACAAGAAAUUUAUUUCUUUACAUAAUCAGCAAAUUCCUUAAUCCAGACCUAAUAUUGGAAUAAUAGUCCUUUUAAUACAAUAGAAGAUUAUUAAAAUUCCAGUUUAUGAAAAUGAUGAAGCAUAUGAUUAAGCAUUUAAUUCUAUAGUUUAAUACAAAUUGAAAAAGAGUUGCAUAAAUGCUUUAGUUUAAAAAAUUAAAUUAUUAUAAGCAUCAAAGAAUAUCUUAAUUUUAGGAUUUUUUGAUACAACACCUCACGAAUUUAUAGCAUUUCAAGGAGAAAACAUUUAGAAGUAAACUAAUAAAUUAUUUUAAUUAGAAAAUUAUUUCAAUUUUUUAUGUAAUUUAAAUUGGAUUAUGAAUAUUAUAGGCUUCUCUAAUAAUUAUAAUGA